AUGCUGACCGGCAUCGAGACUGUGGGCCUGGUUUUGGCGAGUUUCCCGCUCCUGAUUGCUGCUUUAGACCACUACAAAGCUGGCCUCGAGCCAUUUCAGACCUAUAGUCACUACAAAUUACGACUGAUUGAGUUGAAAGGCGACCUUGCUUUCCAUCGCGCAAAAUUCCUACAAUCUUUAACCUUGCUCCUAAACCGAUGUGUACAGCCCAAAGUUCUGGGCCAGCUACUAGGCGAUCCUGGCGGCGCCCAAUGGAAGGAACCAGAUCUGGCAGCGCGGCUGUCCAAAUGUCUGGGGAGCUUUGACUUCUCCGUCUUCAUGGACAUAGUCAGUGGCUUCAAGGCUACUCUGGACGAGCUCUACACAAAGCUGGACGUUGAUCAGGACGGCCAACCCAAGUGGUCAGACAAAGAUGCUUUCGAGCGAGCAUUCCAUCGAAUACGCUUCUCCUUCCUCCAUCGCGACAAGAUCAAAGAACUCAAAAAGCGUCUCAAAGACAAGAACAAGCAAUUGAGCAGCAUUGCCAAGUCAAGUGUGGCCCUUGCACCAUACUGUGAACGACGCGCCGUGCUUGAGGAAGAUGUGGACCGCUUCCGGGAGCAUGUGUCACAUCUUGACAGUUCUCUGAAAUCCGCUCCCUGGGGAUGUCAUUGUGUGAUCCCGCAUAACGCGAGUCUGCGGGUGGGUAAUCCAACGCAUUCUAGCACAACCGGCACUGAAAGCACAUGCUGUCAGCGGCAAUCUGACUGCCGUGGACUUGAUGUUUUGUUCUCGUUUCAUGAUCACGGAAGCUUCGCCGCAUCUCCGCCACGGUGGAACUGGCACGAGACUCAUUUUGAACCUGAGACUUUCGUCCCUACCUCAACAUGCUCCCAGGUCGACGGGGCUGGCGGUAGCGGUGACAGCUUGGCUUCUACGUCUCAUCCAACGUAUACGAAGGGCAACCAAAAAGAAGGGCCACUUUCAGGGCCCAACAAGCUGAAAAAGCGUAAGCAAGUGCACUGGCCGACUUCCAGUGCCGCGCAAACACCGCCACCAACCCCUAGUCGUCCUCAAGCGAUGCGGGAGAUUCGGGAGCUUUGUUUGCAACUCACGUCGGUUCAGGAAGGAGCGCCGCCGCUUGGUUUUUUACCCCUUGACCCGCCUUUACGCUUUGUGGUGUACCCUGUGAAGCGCCAUCCACGUCCUCUUGUCUCCUCUACCGAUGAUAUGGUGAACCUUGAAGACCUUUUGGAGCGAAAGUUUGCGCCUCACAAUCCAACCAAGAUACAGGGAAAGCUCUUACUAGUCCACAAGAAAAUCGAAAUGCCUGAUCGACUAUAUCUCGCCUAUGUCCUGUCGUGGAUAUUUCUUCGACUGUAUGGAACCUCUUUUCUAGACAGCGCUUGGGGUCUCAAAGACGUGCAGUUCCUACGCCGUCUGGAUGGCACCAGAGAUCCAGCGCUGAUGGAGCCAUUUGUAUCGAAGUCCUUUCACUCUUCCCAGCAUCACUACCCAACCAGCUCCCUCCCUACCCCUCCUGAGUCAGAUGCCUCCUCAAGCUCUUCCAACACGAGCACGGCUUCCAGCACGAGCACGGCCUCAAGAUUGACCCUUGAUCCAACAGCCCAAGAGGCUACACCCCAUACAGUUCGAAACCUGCGCAAUCGCAACCACGGCGUAUUCAUCCUCGGAGUUUCCCUUGUCGAAGUCUUCUUCCACAAGCGACUCCAUGAGAUGUACGUACCCGCAGAUCUCGACUCCAACGGAAAAGAGACCGAGGAAACUCCUUAUCUUGCCCUGGAGAGGCUCAUCUACAAGAUCCGUCAAAAGGCUGGAGAUCGAUACGGCAACGCAGUCCGUCGGUGUGUUCGGUGCGAGUUUGAUCAGUGGUACGAUGACAUCAAUUGUGCCGACUUUCGACAAGCAUUCUAUCAAAAGGUUGUCGUGCCUUUGGAGGAGAACUGGAGAACGUUCACUGGUAGACCUGCUCUGCCCUGA